AAGCUAGUAUGCUAGCUAACAAACAGCGAAGUGAAGCACAGCCUUUUUUAGCUAGAGACACCACCAUAAAAACGUCCUAAAAAUGACUUGUUUACUUUCACCCCUUACUUGUUUAGUUAACUAACAACUGUAUGGUGCUGCGGUGGUGUGAGACGAGGAGCUAGCCUCGCAGCUAACCUGCUAAAGGACUAGUUGUAACUGUUAGCCGGUUAGCUGCUAGUUAGCAUCCAUGAAGAAGAAACCCAACCCUAACAUGCUGUAAACAAGACUUUCCAGCUGCUCUUUAAUUAGACCAAUUAAAGAAAGAAUAGAACAGAAUGACAGAGGAUGCCGUCUUGUUGAAUGUUCCUGUCAUUCGGCAGCUGUACCACUGGGACUGUGGCUUAGCCUGCUCCAGGAUGGUGCUGAAGUACCUGCACCCAAUCAGUGACGAGGAGUUCCAGAGAGCAUGCUGGGAGCUGAAGCUGACGGAGAGUGUGUGGACUAUCGACCUGGCCUACCUCAUGUGCCAUCUAGGAAUCAAACACUGCUUUUGCACGCAGACUCUGGGUGUUGAUAAGGGCUUUAGGAAUCAGACCUUCUAUAAGAAACACUUUGACACAGAAGAAGACCGAGUGAAUGAGCUUUUCCUUAAAGCGGAGAGCAAAGGUGUGACGGUGAAGAAAUGCUCGGUGACGGUCCAGGAGAUCCAGUGUCACCUGGAGCAGGGCCACGUGGCGAUCGUCCUGGUGAACGCCGUCGUGCUGACCUGUGAACUCUGCUCGUCGCCCGUCAAAUACUGCUGCUUCCUGCCCGUCGGACAGAAGUGUUUCUGCAGGAAGCCCGAGUACCAGGGUCACUUUGUGGUGGUGUGCGGCUACAACAGGACGACCGGCUGCGUCUUCUACAACAACCCGGCGUAUUCUGACCGCGUGUGCUGCACCAGCGUCGGUAUCUUUGAGGAGGCUCGGCGGAGCUAUGGGACAGAUGAAGACAUCCUGUUGAUCUAUAAGGAGAGUUGAUGGACGGCGAGGAUGGGUUUGGAUCUUCCUCUUCCUCAGCUCAUCAUCGAACGCUUCAGAUCCUCGGUCUCGCGGCUCCCGUCUCGCUCCUCACCGCUCCUAUCAACACCGCUCGAAGGCUGGGAUGAUAACGAUCCAUAUUGAAUUUGUUUUUAUAUCCACCUUGGCAGAGCAGAGAGUCUGAAUUUCAUUGUGGAAUUUUAACGACUGACUUUGGAGCUAAUGAAAUCUCAGACUUGUAGAUGAAAUGUGGGAAUCAUGCCGGGAUAGGAAGUGAACCUGGAAUCAGUGUGCUUAUAAUAUAAUCCCUCCAGGACUGAUGAUGAGAACACUGAGCUUAUCCAGUUGAGAGAAGUCAGCUGCUUCCAGUGGACCAUGAUGGGAUUUCAUUUUGGAGUCAACAGCGAGAGACAGAAUACUUUGAAAUCCUGUUUGGUUUCUGAUUUUAUUUUGCAGGUAAGAAUAAAGAUGUAAGACAGCUGUUGUCGAAAGGCGACUCAACCAAA